AUGUCUCUGCCGGUCCCCGCACCGCACUGGUCCUGCCACUUUUCAAGCUUCUGGAUCCUCCGAGCGCGCAAGAACGGCUCCGAGAAUGCAUCGCUGCGAGGGGCGCACCGGCGCCUGGGCAACAUUGUGCGCGUUGGUCCUGAUACAAUUAGCGUCGACGGCGUCGAUGCCAUGAGGACAAUUUACCAGGGCGGCUUUCCCAAGGCGCCAUGGUAUCGCAUCUUUGACAAUUACGGCGUCCCGUGCAUGUUCUCGACAACCGAGUCCAAGGCACAUUCGAAGAGAAAGCGAAUGAUCUCCAAUGUUUACUCAAAAUCCUACAUUCUGUCCUCGGAAGCUGCCAAGGCUCAAAGUCACGCCAUCAUGUUCAACCGCCUCCUACCACUCUUGAACAAGGAAGCUGCCGACAACCAUCUUCGCGGUACGGAAGUACAGUCUCUUUUCAUGGCCACCACCAUGGACAUGAUAUCUGCGUACAUUUUCGGACUGGAGCACGGUACCAACUUUCUGCAGGACAAGACCUAUCGGGACCACUGGCUAGGGUUGUAUCUGUCGCGGCACCAUCAUCAUUUCUGGCCACAGGAGCUCCCCUUCAUGACAGCGCUCCUCAAAAACAUUGGCAUUCGCUUGUAUCCCUCCUUUGUCGACAGUGCCAAUGACGAGUUGCGCGCUUGGAAUAAGCUGCAGUGUGAGAAGACGGCGGGUAGCUACUUCGGCGAGAGAGGAGACGCUGAUCUAGGCAAGACGCCGGUUGUCUUCAGAGCGAUGCACGAGGGCAUCGACAAGGAGGAAACGACGGAAGGCGAAGAGUCUAUUCUGUAUGAAACUACUAUUAAACAGCGUGAUUCUUCGAUCGCCAGCGAGAUACUCGAUCAAGUCCUCGCCGGUCACGAAACCGCCGGUAUUGUCUUGACGUACGCGUCAUGGCACCUAUCGAACGCGCCCGGCCUGCAGGAGCAACUGCGACAGGAGCUGCUGCCCCUGUUCUCCCUCAACAGCGAAACAUUACCCGAGACCAGAAAGCUAGACGGUCUUGCGCUGCUGAAUGCGAUUGUCAUGGAGACACUGCGACUGCACGCGCCCAUACCCGGACCGCAGCCGCGCCGCACGCCGGAUCAGGGAUGCCACAUGGAGGGAUACUUCAUCCCGGGCGGUGUUCGCAUCGCCUCCUUGGCGCAUACGCUCCAUCUGAACGAGACGGUGUUUAGCAACCCUGCAAGCUGGGACCCGGAGCGGUGGCUACGGAGCGGCAGCGACCUUGAUGCGAUGAGGCGACACUUCUGGGCCUUUGGCAGCGGCGGAAGGAUGUGCAUCGGGUCCAACUUUGCGCUUCAAGAGAUGAAGCUUGUGCUUGCUGUAAUUUACGCAAACUUCACGACCGCAGUUGUAGAUGACAGUGGCAUCGAGCAGACGGACGGCUACUCAGCGCGGCCCAAAGCCGACCAGCUAUUUCUCCGAUUCAACAAGAUAUUCGAAACAGCAGAGUAG